GUCGCUUGGCGCCGACAGACUCCGCCUCGGCUUCAGUCCUCGCCACCCCAUUGGUGGCUCGACGGAGCUCGGGGCUCCUCCCCCUACGCUUUGCCGUUGAUCCGUUGCUCGUGGAAACGUUGUCGGACUCCUGUGGUGAAAGAUGAGUGCGCGGCGGCGUGGCCCGUCUGGGGAAAAGAAAGGAGGGGACAAGAAAGGACGCCGAAGUGCUGGCCGAGCACCUCCUGUGUCCACUCCGAAAAUUGAAGUUCCGCCAGAGGCGUCCAUCUCUACUGAGAUUGAUGAUGCCGUUGCAGAAGCCCUGGACGCUGAGGAAGAGAUCAUAGCCGAAUAUGUUGCGCCUUUCACCCCUGAGGAGCAAGAAAUUGAUUUGAAACCCUGCAUCCGAAGCCGGGUAGUGCUGAGCGGCCUCAGGGACGAGAUGUGGACAGAGGAGCACGAGGCCACGAUGGACCUCUUCUUGAAGGACGUCACCAAGCAGAUACUGGUGUUCUACAUUGACGACUUUGCUGGCUUGAAAGUGGAGCUGCUCAUGCCACAUCAGGAGCAAAAGCAGCUCACGUAUUUCAUCCGCAAAGAGAAUGUGGACAUCUUAGAAGAGAAUUUCCAUGAGGUGGUACAGUUUGGCACCGUCCGGAGGCCCUACAUCGACUCCCUGAUGCGUGUCCUCAAUGCAGUCUACCUCCCUCGACUGUUUCGCAAGUCGACCUGGCCUGAAAGCAUAAAGAAUGAGUUUUUCCUAGAAGUUUACCACUUCAUGACCUCUCUCACAGACACCCGCUCCAAAAUGAGGGGCCGGACCGUCCUCUACAUCCCAAUGGAGGCGCUGAGCAUCAAGCCGGAGGUGGCCGUCAAGGACAAAGCCCUGGUCCAGCGGCUGGAGACUUCUGUGAUUCAUUGGACCCGGCAAAUUAAGGAGGUGCUGAGAGCCCAAGAGGCUGUAGAGAGCAGAGAGAGCUCUGGCCCGCUGGAAGAGAUCGAAUUCUGGAGGAACCGUUGCACGGAUCUUUCCGAAAUCAGCAAGCAGCUAUGCAAACAGGGUGUGAAGCAUUUUGAGACCAUCCUGUCUCUCUCCAAGUCUUCGUACGUGACGCCAUUCCAGCGACUCUCCAAACAGAUCCAGGAUGGGUCGGAGCAGGCUCAGUCCAACCUCCACUUCCUCUCCAUCCUGAAAGAGCCAUUCCAGGAGCUGGCCACGUUACGACCUAAAGACAUCCCUGAGAAGCUGCCUCAUCUCAUCAGCCUUGUUCGUAUUUUGUGGGUCAACUCCCCAUAUUACAACACUCGUGAGAGAAUCACGGCACUCUUCCGAAAGAUGAGCAACAAAAUUAUCCAGAUGUGCUGCAAAGACAUCUCCCUGGACCGGCUGUUUGAGGGCUACAUCAAUUCCAGCCGGCAGACUCUCCAGGGCUGCAUCGCAUGUAUGUCAUCUUGGAAAGACAGUUACCAGCGUGCAGCCUACAUGCACAACAAGCUUUCUGGGAAGGGCUGGGUCCUGGACCAGACCAGCAUCUUUGCCCAGGUUGAUGCCUUUGUCCAGCGCUGCAAGGACCUCCUGGAGGUCUGUGACAGCCAGCAGCACUUUGCACGCUGGGAAGAUGGCAAGAAGACGCCCCUGCCCUGCUUCUUCGGCCAGGCUGGCCCCCAGAUGACCCGGAGCCUGCUGGAGACGGAGGAGACCUUCAGCAAGUACCUCAACAACCUCCGGAACGUGAAGGGGGGAAUCCUGGACGUCAAGAACACGUCUUGGCAUGAGGACUUCAACCGUUUCCGUGCUGGUGUCAAAGACCUGGAAGUGAUGACUCAGAACCUGAUCACCUCUGCCUUUGAGACGGUGAGGGAUGUAGAGCGCGGCGUGGAGAUCCAGGACAUCUUCUACCAUUUAUCGUCCCGAGAGGCCAUCAAGCGCACCUUCGACAAGAAGACCGUCGACAUCUUCAUGCUGUUCAACAGGGAGCUCUCUCUGGUCAACAAGGAGCUGAGCAAGAAGACCCCUUUCCUGCCGCCACACAUGUGCCAUUACUCAGGCCUGGCGCACUGGAUGCGUGCUCUGCGGCGGCGUGUUGACAAACCCAUGAAGUGCCUCACCAAGGCCCACUUCAUCCCCCACAUCGGGACUGGCGAAGAGAGCUUCCAGACCUACCAGCUGCUGGUGCAGGCCAUGGACGAGAUUGAGCGGAAGACGUUCCAGGAGUGGACCCAGACCCUGGACAAGGACUGCCUGAAGCGCCUCGACACCCCACUCCUGGUUCUCAGCGCCGAGAAGCCAGGGAUGCUGGACAUCAAUUUUGACAAGCACUUGCUGAAGUUAUUUGUGGAGAUCUACUACUGGGACAGGCUGCUCUUUGAGAUCCCCCACUACGUGGUGGAGCUCUACGACAGGAAGGAGGACCUGCGCAACCUGCGGGAGAAUCUGCUGUUGGUGGCGCGGGACUACAACAGGAUCAUCGGUAUGCUGUCCCCAGAGGAGAGGGGCCUCUUCAGGGAGCGCAUCCGCUACCUGGACAGGAAGAUCCAACCCGGCCUCAAGAAACUCCACUGGUCCCUCAAAGGGGCGAGCGCGGCCUUCAUCUCAGAGUGCCGACUGCACGCCAGUAAGGUGCAGAACAUUGUGAAUGAAUACAAAGCAGCCACCUUGGCCAUUGCCCGCCGGGCCCAGCAGAUGAGUGAAGCUCUGCUGGUCCGCAUCACUGGCAAGAGGGUGUAUAAUGACCUGGAGUUUGAGGAGGACCAGAAGGAGCACCGGGCCUUGGUGCAGAAGAAGCUGGUCAGCCUGCAUGACGACUGCAUUGCCAUCAUGAGGCAGACAUAUGAAGUCUUCAAGCAUGAUGGACCAGAGGUUCAACAGCACUGGUUCAACUACACCAUCAAGAUGGACAGGAUGAUGGAGGAGGCCCUGCGGCUGAACAUCAAGUGGUCCCUGAUGGAGCUUUCCAAGGCGAUCAAUGGGGAUGGCAAGACCAGCCCCAACCCUCUCUUCCGGGUGAAGGUGAUCCUGCAGGACAACUACCCAGCCCAGACCCCUUCGGUGGAGUUUUCUCCAACGCUUGCCCAGCUGGCCAACAUGGUCAACGAUAUUAGCCUCCACCUGAUCAGCAGCAUCUCUGUCUUCCGCCACCUCCCUGAGAUCCUCGUCCGGCGCAAGUUUACCCGUGACCCCAUCUGCAUCCUUGUGGAGAAGGACGAGGACAUCAAGAAGAUCCAGGCACAGGUCAGCAGCGGCAUGCAGAGCAAUGCGACACAUCUCCAGACAUACCUGAAGACCUGGGAUGUGUACCGCGAGAUCUGGGAAGUCAAUAAGGAUGCCUUCAUCAACCGCUACCGGCACCUCAACCCACUCGUGUCGUCCUUUGAUGCUGACACCGCUCGGUACAUGGAGGUGGCCAACAACGUCCAGAAGGAGGAGACGGUGCUGAGCAUCCAGUUUGUGCUGCUGGAUUGCUCCCACCUGAAGGCAGCGGUGGUGCAGCACUGCAACGAGUGGCAGAACAAGCUCACCAGCCUGCUGAAUGAGAUGGCCAGCAGCCGCUUGAGGGAGCUCCACGCCUACCUGCAGGAGAAUGCCGCCAACGUCAGCCGCCCUCCACAGACCCUGGAGGAGCUCAGCCGCAGCCUGCAGCUCCACGAGACCCUCCAGCAGGAGCUGCCCAAGAUCGAGGCACAGAUCCCGCCCAUCCACGAGCAGUUUGCCAUCCUGGAGAAGUACGAGGUGGCCGUGGAGGAGGAGGUGCUGCAGCUGCUCGGAGAACUCAACUCAGAGUGGCUCUCCUUCCAGCAAUGCAUCCUGGACAGUGAAGUCAUGCUGAAGAAGCACAAGGAGAAAUUCAAGACGGGCCUCAUCCUUUGUGCAGAUGACUUCAAGAAAAAGGCCCAGACUCUUCUCCAAGACUUUGCCUUCAAUGGUCCCUUCACGAGUGCCUUCUCUGCGGACGCGGCCCUGGAGCAAAUCUACGCCAUGAGGCAACUGCUGGCCAACUUGAAGGACGAGGAGAACACACUGCGCUCCAACCUGGGCAUCUUUAAGAUUGACCAGCCUGCCUCUAAAGACCUUCAGAAGCUGGAGAGGGAGCUGGACUACAUCCAGCAAGUGUGGGAGAUCACCAAGGAGUGGGAGGACCACUGGAAUGAGUGGAAGACCGGGAGCUUUAAGACCCUGAAGACAGAAGUGAUGGAGAACACAGCCUUUCAGCUCUUCCGGAAGUUGAAUAAGCUGAGCAAGGAACUUAAGGAUCGGAACUGGGAGAUCAUCGAGACCUCCAAGUCCAAGAUUGAGCAGUUCAAGAGGACAAUGCCCUUGAUCACUGACCUCAGGAACCCGGCCUUGCGGGACAGGCACUGGGAUCAGGUGAAAGAUUUGGUCCUCAGAAGCUUUGAUGAGACGGCGGAGGAUUUCAGGCUGGAGAAUAUCAUUGAGCUGGGUCUGGAUCAGCACGUGGAGAAGAUUGCGGAGAUCUCCGCCUCGGCCACCAAGGAGCUGGCGAUCGAGCAGGCUCUUGAGAACAUUGCCAAGACCUGGGAUGUAACAGCCUUGGACAUUGUGCCCUACAAGGACAAGGGGCACCACCGAGUCAGAGGGACAGAGGACGUUUUCCAGGCACUGGAUGAUAACCAGGUGGCCUUGUCCACGAUGAAGGCCUCGCGCUUUGUGAAGCCCUUUGAGAAGGAAGUGGACCGUUGGGAGCGCUGUCUCUCCCUCAUCCUGGAGGUGAUCGAGAUGCUGCUGACCGUGCAGAGGCAGUGGAUGUAUCUGGAGAACAUCUUCUUGGGGGAAGACAUCCGCAAACAGCUGCCCAGCGAGUCUUCGUCCUUUGACCACAUCAACAGCAGCUGGAAGGCCAUCAUGGACCGCUUUGUCAAGGAGAACAAUGCCCUGCGGGCCACCCAUUACCCAGGCCUCCUGGACAAGCUGGGGGAAAUGAACGCUGCCCUGGAAGAGAUCCAGAAGUCUCUGGACAUGUACCUGGAGACCAAGCGCCACAUCUUUCCCCGCUUCUACUUCCUCUCCAAUGAUGACCUGCUGGAGAUCCUGGGCCAGUCACGCAACCCUGAGGCUGUCCAGCCCCACCUCAAGAAGUGCUUUGACAACAUCAAGUGCCUCAAAAUCCAGAAGAUUGGCAACACCAAUCGCUCCGAAGCCUUGGGCAUGUUCUCUCUGGAUGGCGAAUACAUCGACUUCACCCACUCAGUGCAGCUGGAGGGCCCUGUAGAGGAGUGGCUGUGCGAUGUGGAGCGGGCCAUGCGCUGGACCUUGCGGGAGGUGCUGAGGAACUGCCGACUCGCCUUGAAGAAGAUGCUGACCAAGAGGGACAAAUGGGUGAAGGAGUGGCCUGGACAGAUGGUGAUCACCGCCAGCCAGAUCCAGUGGACAGCAGAUGUGAGCAAGUGCUUGGCCACCUGCAAGGACCGAGGAGACAAGAAAUAUCUCAAGGUCAUGAAGAAGAAGCAGGUGUCCAUGCUCAACAAAUACUCGGAGGCCAUUCGGGGCAAUCUAACCAAAAUCAUGCGCUUGAAGAUUGUGGCCCUGGUGACCGUGGAGGUCCAUGCCCGGGACGUCAUCGAGAGGCUCUACAAGAGUGGCUUGAUUGACGUGACGUCCUUCGAGUGGCUGAGCCAGCUGCGCCUCUACUGGGAGAAGGACCUGGACGACUGCGUCAUCAGGCAGACCAACACCCAGUUUGCCUACGGCUAUGAAUACCUGGGGAACUCUGGCCGGCUGGUCAUUACCCCUCUCACUGACAGGUGCUACAUGACUCUGACCACCGCCCUCCACCUCCACCGGGGAGGCUCCCCCAAAGGCCCCGCAGGCACAGGCAAGACUGAGACGGUGAAGGACCUGGGCAAGGCCUUGGGCAUGUACGUGAUUGUUGUGAACUGCUCAGAAGGCCUGGACUACAAAUCCAUGGGGCGAAUGUACUCUGGCCUGGCCCAGACUGGCGCCUGGGGCUGCUUUGACGAGUUCAACCGCAUCAACAUUGAGGUGCUUUCAGUGGUCGCCCAGCAGAUCCUCUCCAUCCUCUCCGCUUUGGCUGCCAACAUGACCCGCUUCACCUUUGAAGGCCACGAGAUCAACCUGGUGUGGUCUUGUGGCAUCUUCAUCACCAUGAACCCAGGUUAUGCUGGGCGCACGGAGCUGCCGGACAACCUCAAGUCCAUGUUCCGCCCCAUCUCCAUGGUGGUGCCGGACUCCACACUCAUUGCUGAGAUCAUCCUCUUUGGAGAAGGGUUCAACAACUGUAAGGUCCUCGCGAAGAAGGUCUACACCCUGUACUCCCUGGCAGUGCAGCAGCUGUCCAAGCAGGACCACUAUGACUUUGGCCUUCGGGCCCUCACGUCUCUGCUCCGCUAUGCGGGGAAGAAGCGCCGGGUGCGGCCUGAUCUUGCGGAUGAGGAGGUCCUCCUGAUGGCCAUGAAGGACAUGAACAUUGCCAAGCUGACGUCCGGCGACGUGCCCCUCUUCAAUGCCAUCACUCAGGACCUCUUUCCCGGCAUUGAGUGCCCCGUCAUUGACUACGGAAAGCUCAAGGAGAUGCUGGAGUUGGAGCUGAGGGAGAUGGGGCUGCAGGUGAUACCCUUCACCAUCACCAAGGUGAUCCAGCUAUACGAGACCAAGAACUCCCGCCACUCCUCCAUGAUCGUGGGCAACACGGGCAGUGGCAAGACCGUGACCUGGCGGGCCCUGCAGGCCACCCUCUGCAGCCUGCACAAGAGCGGAGACACCUCCUUCAACAUGGUCCGGGAGUUCCCCCUGAACCCGAAGGCCAUUUCCCUGGGCGAACUGUAUGGCGAGUAUGACCUCAACACCAAUGAGUGGACAGACGGCAUUCUGUCCUGCGUCAUGCGGACAGCGUGUGCAGAUGAGAAACCGGACGAGAAGUGGAUCCUCUUUGAUGGCCCAGUGGACACGUUGUGGAUUGAGAGCAUGAACUCAGUCAUGGAUGACAACAAAGUGCUGACCUUGAUCAAUGGUGAGAGGAUUGCCAUGCCUGAACAGGUUUCCCUGCUCUUUGAAGUAGAGAACCUUGCAGUAGCUUCACCAGCCACUGUCUCUCGGUGUGGGAUGGUUUACACUGACUACAGCGACCUGGGCUGGAAGCCCUAUGUCCUUUCCUGGAUUGAAAAGCGCCCAAAGGCUGAAGCAGAAACCCUCCAGCGCAUGUUUGACAAAUUCACCAACAAGAUCCUCACCUUCAAGAAGGACAACUGUCAGGAGCUGGUCCCGAUUUCUGAAUAUAGCGGAAUUGUGGCUCUCUGCAAGCUCUUCUCAUCCUUGGCCGCUUCAGAGAAUGGGCUGAACCCAGCAGACAGCGAGAACUACCUGACGGUGGUGGAGAUGUACUUUAUCUUCAGCAUGAUCUGGUCCCUAUGUGCAGCAGUGGACGAGGAGGGCCGGAAGAAAAUCGACAACUACCUUCGAGAGAUGGAGGGCUCCUUCCCUAACAAGGACACGGUGUACGAGUAUUACGUUGACCCUAAGCGGAAGCAGUGGGCUUCCUUUGAGGAUAAGCUUCCCAAGAUGUGGAGAUAUCCACCCAACGCCCCCUUCUACAAGAUCCUCGUCCCCACCGUGGACACCAUGCGUUACGACUACCUGGUCACCGCCCUCGUCUCCAACCAGAACCCCGUGCUGCUCGUGGGCCUGGUGGGGACAGGCAAGACCUCCAUCGCACAGGGUGUGCUCCAGUCCCUCGACAGCCUCAAAUGGGCUGUCCUGACCAUCAACAUGUCGGCACAGACCACCUCGAACAACGUCCAGGGCAUCAUAGAGAGCCGUGUGGAGAAGCGCACCAAGGGGGUGUACGUGCCUCUGGGCGGCAAGAGCAUGAUCACCUUCAUGGACGACCUCAACAUGCCUGCCAAGGACCUCUUUGGCUCCCAGCCCCCCCUGGAGUUGCUCCGCCUCUGGCUGGACUAUGGCUUCUGGUAUGACCGGGCCAAGCAGACUAUCAAGUACAUCAAGGACAUGUUCCUGAUGGCAGCCAUGGGACCCCCCGGAGGAGGCCGCACGGUGAUAUCCAGCCGACUUCAGAGCCGCUUCAACCUCAUCAACAUGACCUUCCCAACAGAGUCCCAGAUCCGUCGCAUCUUUGGCACCAUGAUCAACCAGAAGCUCCAGAACUUUGACGAAGGGGUGAAGCCCAUCGGGAACGUCAUCACGGAGGCCACCAUAGAGCUCUACAACAGCGUCGUCCAGAGGUUCUUGCCCACUCCAGCCAAGAUCCACUACCUCUUCAACCUGCGUGACAUUUCCAAGGUGUUCCAGGGCAUGCUACGGGCUCAUAAGGAUUUCCACGACACCAAGCCCAGCCUGACACGCCUCUGGAUCCAUGAGUGCUUCAGGGUCUUUUCUGACCGGCUGGUGGAUGCUGCAGAUAUGGAGACCUUCAUUGUCCUCUUGAGUGAGAAGCUAGGCACAUGCUUUGACGUGACCUUCCACAAUCUCUGCCCCAACAGGCGCUCCCCUAUUUUUGGGGACUUCAUGCGGAACGUGUACGAGGACAUGACGGACAUGGCCGUCCUGAAGGCAGAGAUGGAGCGGGCACUGGGGGACUACAACCGGAUGCCAGGGGUGGUGCGCAUGAGGCUGGUGCUCUUCCGAGAUGCGAUUGAACACAUAACCCGUAUCAUCCGGGUGAUCAGCCAGCCCCGUGGGAACAUGCUCCUGGUGGGCAUCGGAGGCAGCGGGCGCCAGAGCCUCGCCCGCCUGGCCUCGUCCAUCUGCGAGUACUACACCUUCCAGAUCGAGGUCUCCAGGCAGUACCGCAAGCAGGAGUUCCGUGAAGACAUCAAGAGGCUCUACCGCCAGACGGGGGUCGAUCAGAAGCCCACCACCUUCCUCUUUGUGGACACUCAGAUUGCAGACGAAUGCUUCCUAGAGGACAUUAAUAACAUCCUCAGUUCUGGGGAGGUGCCCAACCUCUACAAGGCGGACGAGUUUGAGGAGAUCCAAACCCACAUCAUAGACGCGGCUCGGAAGGAGGGCAUCCAGGAGAGCCAGGACAGCAUGUUUGCCUACCUGAUUGAGAGGGUGCGGAACAACCUGCACGUGGUGCUGUGCCUGAGCCCCGUGGGUGAUCCCUUCAGGAACUGGAUCCGCCAGUACCCCGCCCUGGUGAACUGCACCACCAUUGACUGGUUCUCCGAGUGGCCCAAGGAGGCGCUGCUGGAGGUGGCGGAGAAGUACCUGGAGGGCAUGGAACUGGGGAGCGUGGAAAGAGGCAGCCUCGAUACGAUCCACAAGCGUGUGGCUCGGAUCUUUGUGACCAUGCACUGGUCCGUGGCCAGAUACUCGCAGCGGAUGCUGCUGGAACUGAGGCGCCACAACUACGUCACCCCCACCAACUACCUGGAGCUGGUCUCUGGCUACAAGAAGCUCCUGGCGGAGAAGCGGAAGGAGCUCAUGGAGCAGGCCAGCAAGCUGCGCAACGGCCUCUUCAAAAUCGACGAGACGCGGCAGAAGGUGGAGGUGAUGACACUGGAGCUGGAGGAUGCCAAGAAGAAGGUGGCCGAGUUCCAGAAGCAGUGCGAGGAGUACCUGGUCAUCAUUGUCCAGCAGAAGCGGGAGGCUGACGAGCAGCAGAAGACCGUGACGGCGAAUAGCGAGAAGAUUGCCAUCGAAGAGGUCAAGUGCAAAGCCUUGGCUGACAAUGCCCAGAAAGACCUGGAGGAGGCGCUGCCUGCCCUGGAAGAGGCCAUGCAGGCCUUGGAGUCGCUCAACAAGAAGGACUUGACUGAGAUCAAGUCUUACGGGCGGCCACCCACCUUGGUAGAGACGGUCAUGCAGGCCGUCAUGAUCCUGCGCGGCAGUGAGCCCACCUGGGCAGAAGCCAAGAAGCAGCUGGGUGAGCCCAACUUCAUCAAGCAGCUGGUCUACUACGACAAGGACAACAUCUCUGACAAGGUGCUCAAGAAGAUCAGCGCCUACUGCUCCCAGCCGGACUUCCAGCCGGACAUCAUCGGGCGGGUCUCCCUGGCUGCGAAAUCCCUAUGCAUGUGGGUGCGAGCCAUGGAGAAGUACGGCCGCAUCUACCGUGUGGUUCAGCCCAAGCGUGAUCGCAUGAAUGCCGCCCUGGCCCAGUUGGCAGAGAAGCAAGCCGCCCAGGCUGAGGCCCAGGAGAGGCUCCGAGAGGUGGCUGAGAAGCUGGAGAUGCUCAAGAGGGAGUAUGAGGAGAAACUGGCCCAGAAGGAGGAGCUGCGCAAGAAGAUGGAGGAGAUGGAGAUCAAGCUGGACCGGGCUGACAAGCUGGUGUCGGGCCUGGCUGGCGAGAAGAUCCGGUGGGAGGAAACGGUCAAGGGUCUGGAGGAAGAUCUGAGCUACCUGGUGGGAGACUGCCUCCUGGCAGCGGCCUUUCUCUCCUACAUGGGGCCCUUCCUGUCGAAUUACCGGGACGAGAUUCUCUCGCACAUCUGGAUCAGACAGGUCCGAGAGCUGCAAGUGCCCUGCUCCCCUCGCUUCACGUGCGACGGCUUCCUCACCAACCCAACCAUCGUCCGCAACUGGAACAUUCAGGGGCUGCCGUCCGACAGCUUCUCCACUGAGAACGGGAUCAUCGUCACACGAGGCAACCGGUGGCCUCUUAUGAUUGACCCGCAGUGCCAGGCAACUAAAUGGAUCAAGAACAUGGAAGCCAAGAAGGGCCUCAAGAUCAUCGACCUGCAGAUGCCAGAUUACCUGCGCAUCCUUGAGAACGCCAUCCAGCUUGGCUCCCCAGUGCUGCUGCAGAACGUGCAGGAGGAACUGGACCCCACGCUGGCCCCCAUCCUCAACAAGUCGGUCACCAAAGUGGGUGGGCGCCUGCUGAUCAGGCUGGGUGACAAGGAGGUGGACUACCACCCUGAGUUCCGCUUCUACCUCACGACCAAGCUGCCCAACCCACAUUAUACCCCAGAGACCUCCUCCCAGACCACCAUUGUCAACUUUGCCGUCAAGGAGCAGGGCCUGGAGGCUCAGCUCCUGGGCACUGUGGUGCGGCGGGAGAGACCCGAGUUGGAAGAGCAGAAGGACUCCCUGGUGCUCAACAUUGCAGCAGGCAAAAGGAAGCUGAAGGAGUUGGAGGAUGAGAUCCUGAGGCUGCUGAAUGAAGCCACCGGUUCCCUCUUGGACGACGUGCAGCUCGUGAACACGCUGCAGACAUCCAAAGUCACAGCCACCGAGGUCACAGAGCAACUGGAAACGAGUGAGACGACAGAGAUCAAAAUUGACACGGCCCGGGAGGCCUACCGGCCCUGUGCUCAGAGGGCCUCCAUCCUCUUCUUCGUCCUCAACGACAUGGGCAGGAUCGACCCCAUGUACCAGUUCUCUCUGGACGCCUACAUCGAUCUGUUCAACCUCAGCAUCAACAAGAGCCAGCGGAGCACCAAGCUGGACGAGAGGAUCCGCUACCUCAACGAAUACCACACCUAUGCUGUCUACAGGUACACCUGCCGGGGCCUCUUUGAACGCCACAAGCUGCUCUUCAGCUUCCAGAUGUGUGCCAAGAUCCUGGAGACCUCGGGCAACCUCAAGAUGGAUGAGUACAACUUCUUCCUGCGUGGGGGAGUGGUGCUGGACCGGGAGGGGCAGAUGGACAACCCCUGCACCAGCUGGCUGGCUGACACCUACUGGGACAACAUCACGGAGCUGGACAAGCUCACCAACUUCCACGGCAUCAUGAACUCCUUUGAGCAGUAUCCCCGCGACUGGAACCUCUGGUACACCAACUCCAAGCCGGAGAAGGCCAUGCUGCCAGGCGAGUGGGAGAACUCCUGCAACCAGAUGCAGCGGAUGCUGGUCGUCCGGUCCCUCCGGCCGGAUCGCGUGGCCUUCUGCGUCACGGCAUUUAUCGUCUCCAACUUGGGCUCCCAGUUCAUCGAACCCCCAGUGCUCAACAUGAGGUCGGUGGUGGACGACUCCACGACAAAGACCCCGCUGAUCUUUGUGCUGUCCCCGGGCGUCGACCCCACCUCCUCUCUGCUCCAGCUGGCAGAGCAGUCAGGCAUGUCCCAGCGCUUCCAUGCCCUCUCGCUUGGCCAGGGCCAGGCGCCCAUUGCCACCCGCAUGAUCAAAGAUGGCGUCCGCCAGGGCAACUGGGUCUUCCUGGCCAACUGCCACCUCUCGCUCUCCUGGAUGCCCCAGCUGGACAAGCUGGUGGAGCAGCUGCAGAUUGAGGAGCCACACCACGCCUUCCGCCUGUGGCUCAGCUCCAGCCCACACCCGGACUUCCCUAUCUCCAUCCUGCAGGCCGGCAUCAAGAUGACCACGGAGCCUCCCUCGGGCCUGAAGGCCAACAUGAAGCGCCUCUACCACCUGAUCACCGAGCCCCAGUUCACCCGCUGCACCAAGCCGGCCAAGUACAAGAAGCUGCUCUUUGCCCUCUGCUUCUUCCACAGCAUCCUGCUGGAGCGCAAGAAGUUCCUGCAGCUGGGCUGGAACAUCAUCUACGGCUUCAACGACUCGGACUUUGAGGUGUCUGAGAACCUGCUGAGCCUGUACUUGGACGAGUACGAAGAGACCCCCUGGGACGCCCUCAAGUACCUCAUUGCAGGAGUCAAUUACGGGGGCCACGUGACGGACGACUGGGACCGGCGCCUCCUGACCACGUACAUCAACGACUACUUCUGCGAGCAGAGCGUGGCGACCCCCUUCUACAAGCUCUCCGUGCUGGACACCUACUACAUCCCCAAGGAUGGCAAACUGGCUUCCUACCAGGAGUACAUCAGCCUGCUGCCUGGCAUGGACCCGCCAGAGGCCUUUGGCCAGCACCCCAACGCAGACGUGGCCUCCCAGAUCACCGAGGCCAGGACCCUCUUCGAGACCCUCCUCUCCCUGCGGCCCCAGACCACGCCCAGGGGGGGCGCUGGGCAGAGCCGGGAGGACAAGGUGCUGGAGCUUUCGGCUGAUGUGCGCAGCAAGAUCCCGGAGGAGAUCGACUAUGAGGGCACCUGCAAAGUGCUCUCUGGAGACCCCUCCCCACUCAACGUGGUCCUGCUGCAGGAGAUCCAGCGCUACAACUCCCUGCUGCAGGUCAUCAUCUCAUCCUUGGUGGAGCUGGAAAAGGGCAUCCAGGGCCUGGUCGUCAUGUCCACGGAUCUGGAGGAGAUCUUCAACUGCAUCUUUGAUGCCCGUGUGCCCCCCAUGUGGGAGAGGGCCUAUCCGUCCCAGAAACCGCUGGCCGCCUGGACCCGGGACCUGGGCCUGCGCGUGGAGCAGUUCACCCGCUGGGCAAACACGGCUCAUCCGCCCGUGCUCUUCUGGCUCUCGGGCUUCACCUUCCCGACGGGGUUCCUGACCGCGGUUCUGCAGGCCGCCGCCCGCCAGAACAAUAUCUCCGUGGACACUCUCUCGUGGGAGUUCAUUGUCUCCACAGUGGAUGACAACAACCUUGUCUACCCACCCAAGGUAGGUGCCUCCCCCUGCUGGGCGGGGAGGAAGCCGCUGCCCCGCCCUGCCUUCAGUCCUGCCUGCUGCCUCUGCCCUCCAGGAAGGUGUCUGGGUGCGAGGCCUCUACCUGGAGGGCGCCGGCUGGGACAAGAAGAAUUCCUGCCUGGUGGAGGCGGAGCCCAUGCAGCUGGUCUGCCCCAUCCCCACCAUCCACUUCAAGCCUGCGGAGAACAAGAAGAAGAGCGGCAAGGGGAUCUACUCUUGCCCCUGCUACUACUACUCCAACCGGGCCGGCACCUCCGGGAGGCCCUCCUUCAUCAUUGGCGUCGACCUGCGCUCCGGAGCCAUGUCUGCCGAUCACUGGAUCAAGCGAGGCACCGCUCUGCUGAUGAGCCUGGAUACCUGAAUGUCCACCUCCACUCCCACUGACACCCCCCCCCCACCGCCCUUUAAUAGAAGUAGGUAAAUUAAAUAAAGCGGUUGUGUUUACA